AUGUCUGCGACACUCCCGGACUUCGACCUCGGCGUGAGAUUUUCUAAUGCUGUUUGCCUUCUUCUUCUUCUUCCUCCUCCUCUUCAUCUUCUUCUUUCUCAUCUCCAUUCAUCUGUUUCUGCAUCCGAUGUCCCUGUCUGUUUAGUGCUUGUAACGUCGUUCCUGUUAUGCAGGUGUCAUGGCAGACGGGGCAAGGGAUCGGGUUAGCAGAACACAUUUCCACAUCUGUUUGCAAUCCCUUUACCGGCCGUGCAUUUUCUUCUGUUACUGUUUGCCUGCAUUAUUUCGCUUAGGGUUCUAACUCGAUGCAGGGAACACACUUUCGCGGAUGCCGGGAACCUAGAGCACUGCGCCAAGUAUCUCAACCAGACUCUGGUGACGUUCGGUUUCCCCGCCUCUCUCGACCUUUUCGCCACUGAUCCGGUACACCUUUUGACCUCAAUAUUUUAAAAAUAUGUACAAAUUUUGAAAAAAAAAUGUGAUUCUUGUUUGAAGCUGUUGUUUACACUCUAGGUUUCCAUCUCUCGCACUUGUAAUUGCAUAUAUUCUCUCCUUCAACAAAGGCAGCGGGACAUUGAGUUCAGGGAGUCGUCCAAUGAACAGAGACAAAGGUCAGGGGAUAUGAGAUUUUCAACUGUGAUGUUUUAGGGGAUUAGAUGCUUCUGUCUGGUUCUCUAAAAGCUUGGGAACUGGCAUAAACUCUAAUGCAACUCAAAGCAGCAUUCACUUCUCUUUUGUUACGCAUUUGACUGUGUUCAGUCUACACGUUUCAGACGAUGAAAUAAGUCUGUGUUUAAAGUCCGCUAUGAAGAUCAAGUAUGAAAACUUUUCAAUCAUUUAUUAUGGGCUGUUGCGACACGUGGUUUCCACCAAAUGAAGAAUAUAAUGCCCUCUACUAGCGAGUUAGAUUAUUCUUUCAAUUUAUUCACGUGUCACCAAAAUUUUCCGGUCAAGAUCGUUUUCUUACUUUUAGCUGUAGUCAUCUUUCUUUCUUUUUUUUCCUUCCUACUAGUGCUUUAAAACGUCUCUUAUUUUGUUCGCUACAUAACUUUCUGUCAGAUAUGAGACACCGUAGCUUACUGGAAAAACACAGCAGGAAGAUCGUCUCUGUAUAGAUGAUGCAUGAAUGAUGACCAUUCAAGGAGUUUUCUCAUACUUUGGUCGUCAAUCGACAUCUCGAGUUAGUAUAUCGGUAAACAUGAUUGAGUGUCCCGCUUGCUUUCUCUGUUCUCAAGAGACUGGAUAAUUUAUAGAAAAUAAUAGCGUUACGCCUGGCUUAUCUACGGUGGGAAAUACUUCGGACUAGGUGGAAGCGGUACGAUUGUACUUUGAUAUUUCACUUUCGAAGAACUUAUCUAAUAUGUGAGGUAAAUCAUCAAUGUGCAAAUGGUUUAUAAUUAUUUUCACGGUUGCAUUGUUCCUAACAUAAAGUCUAUUUAGUGCCUUAGUGUCGUUCAUCUUUUUUUUUUUCACCUCCGACAAGUUGAAAGACAUCAUUUUGUACCGUUGGAUGGAGUGAAAAACAUGUGACAUCUUCAUGGAUAUGUUAUUAUGCUUUCAUUUUUUUAGCAUGAUUACUACUACUCACUGCAAUUUUGGGAAAUAUUGCAGUCUGCAUAAGUGGUGACAGUAUUUAUUGUUUAACCUUUUUCCUUCGUGUUUGUGUUAUGUUCUUAGCUUUUUCCUUCCAUUUACCUAGAGGGAGGAGGAUAUCGAAGUAUUGAACUGCCAAGAUUUGUUGAUAACCUGACUGUUUUAACUUUUCAUUCUACCAGUUUCGCAUUGGUUGUCAUAAUCGCGUGAACAUUGUUGCUUGGUGUGGUUAAAAUAGUUUGAAACGAUGUGUAACAUGAUGGGCAUUCUUGUGAUUUUUAGGUUCAUAUCAGACAUUUCAAGGUUAGAAGCAAAGAUCGAGAGGCUUGAGGCGCAGUUAGCAGCUAAAGAUCGAGAAAUAGCUACAAUAACUCGCACGGUGCAUCUCAUUCGUAUCCUAUAUUGCUGUACAGUGGAUAUUUGAGAUCCCUUUGUUUCAUGCUAAUACAGUUUAAUUUAUCAGGAGGCUAAAGCUAAAUCAGCUUUCAAGGCUCAAAUUGACAAGCUUCAACAGGAGAGAGAUGAAUUUCAAAAAAUGGUUAUAGGAAAUCAGGUGUAAAGACAAUUCGCUGUUACUUUCUUGCUGUCUUUUCUCUUUCGUCAGUACUUGGAUUGGGUAUAAUGUGACAUGAUUGAAUAAUUGUGACAUGCAUUCUCUGAUUCUUUAUUUUUACUUCAAAAGCAAGUUCGCACACAACAAAUACAUGAAAUGAAGAAAAAAGAGAAGGAGUAUAUAAAGUUGCAGGUCUGGUAUUUUCUUUCCAUUUCUUACCUUUGAGGCAUAAUAGUCCUCGCUCAACAGACAAUCGAUGUAAAACAUUUUUUUUUAUAUAGGAACGAUUAAACCAAGUACUGAUGGAGAAAAAGAAAGAAUCUCGAUCAGGCAUGGAAAUUAUGAAUUUACUUCAGGUAUUGUUUAUAUCAUUGAUAUAUUCAUAACCAAUUACCAAUACUGUUUGAAUAUUCCACUGAUGGUUGUAAGGUUUAAUAUUUUUAACUUUUGACUAGAAAAUUCACUUUGUUAAUUCAUGCGUUUUUCCUUGCACAUAUUUGUGUCUGCUUGGGAUUCUGUAAUUGAUCUUCUACUACUAUCUGAUUUCUAUCUUUGAUUAAUGUGAACAGAAAGAGGGACGUCAACGAGGUACAUGGAAUGGGAAGAAGGCUGACAAUGAUUUUUCUAAAAUGAUUGUACGGACGAGUAACCUUAAUGCUCAAUUUACAUAUGCUGUUGCUUGUUGCUCCUGACAGUAGUGCUGUGAUAAAUAGGUUGAUGCGUACGAGUUAAAGAUACGUGAGCUUAUGCAAGAGAACACUGACCUGAGGGCCUUAUUGCGGUCAAUGCAGGUAACCUUAUCAUAAGAUUAUCUUCUGUAGAUUUCAUCCUUGUCGUACAAGGAAAACGUUUAUCUCCAAAUCUAAUGUACUUGUGAAAUUCGUGAUUUCUCAGAAGAAUGACGAAUUCAAAAUUAUGGUUGUCACUGCAAUUUAUUUCCACUAAUCUAAUUUGUUAAUCUUCAAUUCAACUCGACUAUGAAAUGUAUGGCCAAGAUUGAUCCGUCUUUCAAUGCCAAAUCUGGCUGAAUGACGGGGUGUAGGAUUUGUGGGGCCGAAGAAACUUGGAAGGUGUCCCUGAAAAAUGUAGUGGAAUGUCUGUAGGGCUUCUCUUUUUCGGUAACAGUCACUUCUGCAUCUUUAAGCACAAACGAAGUCUAUGAUCUUCAUUGCUUCAUUCGAGCGAUGAUAUUUCUUCUUUUUUGGUGAAGGUCGGGUAAUUGUUCUAUCUUUGGAAAGAUGUUAAAAGUGCAGAUAACUCUGUACGGGAGAUUGACUUUAGUUUAUGUGGAAGUUCAGUACUGCAAGGGAUUGGACAGGGACAAUUUAAUUGGAUGCUACAAGAUGUGACUUGGGAAAGAUUGCAUGCCAAAUGAUACGAAACAGGCUUCCCUUAGCUGGAUAAGUCUAAUAGGGAAACAUCAUAGGAACCUAUGCAUCUGCGCAGAAAAAAAAAUCCUCGUCAAUUCAGCAUGCUUUCUUGUCGUUGUCAUUCCUUAGCUAGGCCUAUGAACAUAUCAUAUUCAUUUAAAGUCAGAAGUAAGAUUGUUUCUAAGGUAUUUUCAUAUACUCAGGUCGAUAUGCGUGACUUUCUAAAUGCUCCUACUGCACCAUCUCAACAGAAUCUUUCCGUCAAUGAGAACCAAAAUCCAGAUUCCCCCAAGUCCCCGCUGGGUGGAAGGACUGUAAGGCCAUGCUCUAUUUCAAUUGGAUGUAGUUGAUUUCUCUGGGUAUAUUCAUGGCGCAUUUUUUGUUCUUGUUGUUUUUUUCGUAGUGUAUGGUUGCUCUGACCAUUUCAUGGUUACUUCAGGAUGUCUUUGAUCUGCCCUUCCACAUGGCUAGAGAUCAAAUAGAGGAGAGCCUACGUACCAAGAUGGCUUCAAUCAAGGUUAGUUCAAAGAACAUUAUUCGUUUCUAACUAUAGUUUCAUUGAUACGUUUGACAUGUAUUUUUCUACAUGACAGGCACGGAUGGUUCAACUUCAAGAUGCACAGAAAGGAGCCGACGUCUCUUCUGAAGCAAGUGAAAGAGAGUUGGAACUUGAGGCUCAACUUGUAGAAGCCAGGAGUAUCAUUCAGGAACAGGUUAGUUCUUGGGUGCUCGCUCGUGGCUAUUGUUUAGACGAAUACGAGGCAGAUUUUUGUCCAAUGAAGGCAUUUACAUGCACGAUAAAUUGGAAUUUAAAAUAUUUUUAUGUAUCAUCCGUCAGAACCAAGUUAGGAUCCACACUAAUUAAUAAGACAUGAUGUAUGAUUGACUGGACUAUUAUAUUCAAAUCCGUGACCCAACUAUAUGGAUUUAUAGGACGACGAACAAAUUCAAGCGUUUUUCUCUGAAAUUCAUCUGAUAUUUAAUAUAUAAGAAAUUCAAAGAUUUGAAGUUGCUUGAAGUUUCAGAUUUACAUAACUUGGGUGGAACUUUGCAUGGUUUGCUAUUCUUGAAGCCAUGAACACUAUCAUAUCAAACUGUCUCUCCCUCUCAAAAGAGUUACUUGCCAGAACUUUCCUGCCGUAGUCAUUUGAUAGUACUGGUUUCAGUUCGUCACUGAUGACACGAACAUGUAUGUUCCAUUUCAGGCCUCGAUACUGUCAAAACACGUCCCAAAGUCUGAAAUCCCAAGGUAUUGUCUUUUUAUUUACAUCCCACGUAUAAUUUUGUCUUUCGAUUUAUCCAUACAUGAAAAUGACGCGGAUGCGAUAUGGUUCUAUGAAUCACGCAAAAGUUUACAUAAACACGUGGAAAUAGUGGCGAUUUUAUUUCUUGAAAUACCUCUGAUAAACUCUUAGGAAUCCUCUCGAGCUUCCUCUCCUCCACAUUGCCCCCCGAAUUCCCUUAUCAUUUCUGGCUUUUUUGUUAAGACUAUCUUCCUCUAUCUCCCUGAUUCUGCCUUGCUGGUCGAAAGCUAUUCUCAUGCCAUGACCUGGUUCCUGCCUGCCGAUGUCACCUUGAACGAUUUCCUCUUGCAGGAGUGAAUAGCUGCAGAUCCUGGCAGAGAACUACUCUCUUCGGCUACUUCUGGGGUAUGCAUCCUUGAUGUGCGAUACCUCCUUCUGGUCAGGCAUCAUUCGCCUUCAUAACUCUCUUCUUGCGUGACUUUUUGCCUGCCAAAACACGAAUUCUGUUUUGAUUAGCAGCACAUUAAAACACCAAAAAACAGAUGCUCAUUAGUGACUGAACCAUGCUCAAUGAUCAAUGUCGGGACCCUUUUGAGUUUUUUUUUUCUCUUUUUUUUUUUUGCGCCUUUUAAGAUCUCAUAAUUAGUUCCUCCGGCUCCCAACAUCUAUUCCUUUGAUCUUGAUUCCAAGAACAGAUAAUAUUUUGAUCAUCCUCUUGCAGAUAAAAAUUAUGGGUCUUGGGCACACGGGGGCUGCUUCUCGGUUGAGGAUGAUGCAUCAUCUCGAGAAGAAAGCGAUGGUUCCAGUGGAAAGCUCUCCAUCGGCCUCGGCAUCGGAAGCGGGUCACAGGCUACCGGGAUUUGUGAGUAUGAACGACUACUACCUAAGGUUAAAAUCCUGUAAUAUCGAUGCUUGGCCACAAGCUCCAUGAAAAUGCUCUGUCAGUAACCUUCGCAGAAUGGAUAGAUCGCCAUCAAACUUUUGACUGAUUUGCUCCGAUGAUCUUCUCAUGAUCAGCUCCCAAGAGAGAUGGAUAUAUAUAUAUAUAUAUAUAUCUAUCUGUCUAGGAGAAAAAUCGUCGCCUCCGUCGUCUCUUGUGCAGACUUGGGCAACAGUGACUGGCGACGCAAUGAAUGCACCCCUCCCUUCAUCUCGGCCUUCAUAAACCCUGCGUGGACUUUUCAGUUCCGCGGGAACCAGAGGCUAUAAAUUCCGGCGUGGUCCUCCCGAGGAAGACGCGCUCAGGGGGGCCGUGAAUUUCAAAGGCCCAGGUGCCGCCGUUUCCUCGCCUGAAGCACCGCCCGUCCGGCAUGUAAAGAGGAGCUCGCUGGCGGGGCGGCGGACCACAACGGUCGUCCCCUCCCAGAUAAUGACGCGUGAAUUGUCUCGUGGCGGCGGCGGCGGCGCUGCCGCUGGGUAGAUAGAGUCGCCCUCGCCACAUGCUUCGGGCUCUCCCACGUGCACGGGCCACGGCGGAGCUUCGGGUCAAACUUGAUCUCCCCGGCGCUCGGACCGGAAGCCCCCCCGUAUAUUCGCACGGAUGUCUCCUCUCCCUCCGUCCAUAUCUCUUCCUGCCUUCCAUGACGUGGCCCCCCCUCCCCCCUUUCCUAAGCAACCCUCCUCGAGGUUAUCCAGAAGCCCUUUUCAACUAUCCUGCACAUGCCAUCUUCUCUCUCUGUGGGGAGAACUAUCUCUCCUUCUACAGCCGGGUUCUCUUUUGACUGGCUCAGGAAGAACAGAGGAGUCUGCUGGGCGCCUACCAGAUCGUCUCCUCGGAUACCUCCCGGCGCACGGGUGCACAGCACGUGA